AUGUCCAUGGGUGCCGCCGACGUACAAAAUAAGAGCGCAGACCAGGUUCACGAUAAACCCCAUACUCCCCACGAUGAUCAUCAAAGGGGAUUGGAUUUCAUUACACACGCGGAUUUCGUUGAUGCUCACAUGAGCAUCUUUCCUUUUCAACUCUUCGAACCGUCCUGGGACUCGGGUGCACAUGGCGAUGUCGUAAAUCCGACUCAGCGCUUCGGUGAGGAUCCAAACCACAAGCGCCCAGAUCGAGAUGACGGAGAUCAGCGUCCCGAUCACCUCGGCGCGGCUCCAGCCAUAAUUAUAUUUCCCGCAGGGCACCUGCCCGGCCGCGAGGAGGGCGCCAAUACUCAACGCGUAGGCCCCAACAUCGGUAAAAAGAUGCACCGCGUCCGUAAUCAACGCGAGGGAGUUCGCAAUCACCCCCAAGGUGAACUCGGCGACCAUGAAAAUAAAACAAAAAAUGAGCGCCCCGAGGAGCACGUGCUUUUCCUUGUCACGGCGUUUCUGCACCGUGUUGGUGAUGAGGGAGGUGCCAAAAUCUUCUUUUACCAUGAUAUUGUUGGUCUCCAUGAUGUCAUAGUCUUUUUUCUGGCCGCUAUGCCAAUUGAUGAGAUUAUUACUUUCAGAAGACAUUACUCUAAGGAAAAAAAAAGAUACACACAACGAAUAAUUACUUUAUAUAUUAAAUACUAG